GUUGUAGAGGGAGGCAAUCUAGUAUGUUGAGAAUGGUUGCUUGUGGAUGAGUUGAGGAGUUGAGUUGGAAGAAUGGAAAGCAUCACAUCAAGUGAAUUGGCAGGGUUUGGAGUUGGGACUUUGCUGCUGUGUGCUACAAUUGCUGCCCCCAAGAUUGAUGCCCUCAUUUCAGCUUCCCAAAGGAGUUCAUUGGGUAUGUGCAAGAGAUGUGGUGACUUGAGGAUCAUAGCAUGCUCAAGAUGUAAAGGGGCUGGCUCUAUUAGACAAGUUGGGCCAUUCAGUUUUAGCCCAGUGGAUGACAUCUAUCAGUUGGUUGGUGGUAGUGGUACAAAGGUGAGGUCCAUUUCAUGUGCCAAUUGUCAAGCCAAAGGACACAUGUGUUGCCCUAUUUGCUCUUAAGGUACCUUAAAUUUGGUACUAGUUCAUCUACUAUCAUCUUCACUGUUGACUCAUGGUAUCCUACAUGCUAGCUUGUAGUUCAUUCCUUGGAUGUAGUUAACAAACUUGAUUGAUUUAUCACUUUUCUUUUGUAAAAUGCUGCUGUCAUGGGUGUGUGCUUU